AUGGACCUUGGGGCCUUCAAAGGUAUUAGAGAUCAAAAGCUAUCAUAUUACAAGGGCAACUUUAAAAUCACUGGUUUGCAAUACAAUGGUGCUUUGUCUCGGCAGACUUCAGACCAGUUUAAAGAUUUAGGAAAUUGGAUUGAAAAACUGAUAUAUUGUGAAUUUAAUAGAGAUACUAAGGUGGCAAGUUCAGCUAUUUUUGAUGAUGACUCAACUGAGCAAGAGAGGGUGGUCCAUGAGGAAGAAAUAGUUCUGGAUAAGGAAAGGCGUGAAUUGGGUAUUGCAAAUCAGCCAUAUAUGAAGGGAGAAAUGGCUCAAAGAAUCUUCAGAGACGCUAGGUCUAGCCCCUUUAAUCCAGCAAGGAAAAAUAUAAUUGAGGAAGCUAGGGAGCCCUUGACAAGAGAAAUCUUGCAGAAAGAAUUAAUUGAUGCUUUAAAAAAUCAUGCUGAUACGAUGGAAGUAAAAAUCAAGGAAGAGAUAUCUGCUGCUAACAAACAGAUGUCCGAAGAGCUUAUGACAUUCUGUGGUCUUCGAAAUAACAGAUCAUUAGGAUCAUCAAGAAUUACUGGAGGAGUAUCAUCUGUAGAAUGGCCCUGGCAAGCCAGUCUCCAGAGAAACAAAAUCCAUCGUUGUGGUGCAACAUUGAUCAGCAACACAUGGCUUCUGUCUGCAGCACAUUGCUUCAGAGAAGCAAAAAGUCCACAUAAAUGGACAGUUAGCUUUGGAACCUAUUUAAGACCUGCUCUAAUGAUACGGCUUGUCAAAACAAUUAUAAUUCAUGAAAAAUAUCGGAAUACAGGCCAUGAACAUGAUAUUGCUGUUCUGCAGUUGACUAAAAGUGUAGACUUUACAAGGGCUAUUCAUCGAAUUUGUCUCCCAGAUUCAAAUGAAAGGAUUCCAUAUAAUAUUGAUGCUGUGGUUACAGGAUGGGGAGCACUUAGUAAUGAGGGUGAAACCCCUAAUGUCCUCCAGGAAGCAACAGUAAAGCUCAUAGACACCAAAGUUUGUAAUAGAAGGGAAGUGUACAAUGGGGCAAUAAAACCUGGAAUGAUAUGUGCUGGAUAUCUUGAAGGAGGAAUUGAUUCCUGUCAGGGUGACUCCGGGGGUCCACUGAUGACAAUUGAUUCAAGACAAAUGUGGUAUCUUGUUGGCAUUGUGAGUUGGGGGGAUGAAUGUGGAAAACCAAAUAAGCCUGGUGUCUACACACGAGUAAUUUACUAUCGAGACUGGAUUACUAAAUAUACUGGGCUUUGA